CCGAAACCGAGACAGAAAUGGCGCUCAGUUUAACCAACGCCUUCCUCCAAGGACAUUCCCGCCCGGCAAUCCUCCCUCCCAAGAAGGUCCCCAACGUCGUUGUUGGGUCCGGGAGUUUCCGGCCGGUGGUGACGUGCCGGAAGAAGGAAAUACACCCGGAGUUCUACGAGGACGCCAAAGUGUACUGCAAAGGAGAACUGGUGAUGACCACAGGUGGGACCCAGAAGGAGUACGUGGUGGAUGUCUGGUCGGGGAACCACCCGUUCUACCUCGGAAACCGGUCGGGUCUGCUGGUCGACGACGACCAGGUCGAGAAGUUCAGGAAGAAGUACGGCGGGCUGACCGAGAUUAUGGAGAUUCCGGUGCUCAAAGGAGAGAUUGUGCUGCCUUCUAGGAAGAAGGGGGCUUCUAAAGGCAAGAAAAAGUAAAAAAAAAACUAUUUGCUUCAAUUGUCUGAGAUUUUUUGGUGAUGUUAUAAAUUCAAGCUUCAAGGUAUGUAAUUUGUGAAAUGGAAUAGAAUUGAAUUUCAUUGCUGAUUCUGUUUUUGUGCUUGGCAUACUCCUAUUUUUCUCGCAAUGACGGGUUCUUUUCUUC